AUGGAUUUCACGAACACGCUCCCGCCCAAGGAGAAAUAGGCAUCUCACUUCCGUGAGAAAGGGGGAAAGAAGAUGAGAGGAAAAGUGGGUGUCGAUGACGGAGCGAGGGGAAUCCCAGCCGAGAUCCAGUUCGAAGACGAAGGGGCGGAAACGGUCGGCGUCGGCCCUGUCACCAUCAGAUUCCUCAACAGAUUCACAGGACACAAAGAGGAACCCUCCUUCUCGACACCCAUGAAAAUCGUCCUCCCACUUCAGAGCAUGAAUUUCUCUGCAGAUGAUGCUCUGCUGGAUGACCUCCCCAGCGUGCAGGAAGAUCUUCUUUCAAACAAGUACCUUUUGGAUGAUUUCUCGUACAUAUAUGAUGCCAACAUUGGAAUACUCCAUUGCAGCUACAAUGAAGAACCUUGCAGCGAUACCGAUUUCGAACCGGAGCACAAUGAAAAGCUCGGGCCAUGCCUUACCUUCAACUACCGCAGGGACAAAGAAGUCCGUCGUCAGAUGGACGGAAUCCCAUAUGGUGGAAUCGAAGAAAAGAAAACCGGUUGGCAAGGACUUCGACUUGCCCUGGCACCGCAUAUCCCGGAAAAUCACGGCCGCUUUUCAUCGGCGAUGGGACACAGGCUCUUCAUUCGGAAACCCCAGGAUACUGCAUAUUCGAUUGAGGAAGGAUUCAACAUAAACCUGGGAACGGUUUCCUAUAUUGGCCUCAAGAUGGUGGAGUUCGAACGAAUUCCUCCAGACCUAGGGGGGAAUUGCGCCCCCGAUUCCUACCUCUUGCAGCGAUUCGACCCCAACAUUUUUAGGGUCCGUGAUGGAAUCCCAUAUUCUCAGGAGGUAAAGGCUUAUUCCUACAAUGAAUUCCUCAUCCUUCGAAGUGGGUUGCCUCCUUCUUAA